AUGCUCGAAUCGGACGGCAACUUUGCUGACAAAAUGUCGCUCGAGGAGAGAGAUGGAGAAGAAGAGGAGACGACCAGUGUCUCUGCGGCCCCGCCGGGCAUGUGCAUUGAAUGCGAAGAUCAACCACAAGAGGUUCUGUGCGAAGCCUGUGGCGAUGUGUUCUGCGAGGUGUGCUUCGGUGCACUCCAUCGCCGCGGCAAGCGGAGACUGCAUGUGCACAAGAAGCUCACCGAUGGCACCAAGGCCUCCACUUCGUCUUUGCCACAAGCACCACAGAAGAAAGCCCGAUUGACCGAAGAGAAGGAAGAAGAGAUCGAUGGAGAUGACGAUGGGGACGCUGUGGCGCCAGUGCCCACCACGACCCCGGUUUCGGUCGAAGCCAUGGGCGAGUGGUUCACUGAGAGGGCCAAGUACAUCCCGGUGCGGUUGAACCUGAAGGAGCGGAAGCUGCUGAGGCUGCUCGAAGCCGCGCUUCAGGUCUCCGAGUACACCGACAAGGUUGAUAUCAUCUCCUUCAAGGGCAAGGCCAAGCGCAUCUAUGAGCAGCUGCAGGACAUCUGUGCCAUUUUGUCGGGUCUCGUCGUCGCCAACGACUACAAGGCCGGGCAGCAGCUCAUCAAAGACCACAACUUCAAGGACAACGAGAAGUUCUUUCAAACAAUCUUCGAGGUCGGAAGGCGAUACAAGAUCAUGAACCCUGACAGCGUCAACUCUGAGAUCCAGGAGCUCCUGCAGUUCUCCUGCAAGAAGAGCAUCAAGACGGUCUUCACCGUUCUCACGGAACACGAUGCUCUUGCGCUGCUCAAGGAUCCGCACAUCAUGACGGCCACGAGAGAGGUCAGCCCCGACGGCAAGUCCCGAGGGCAGAUCAGACAGGAGAUCAAGGAGAAGGAGAGGGCCGUGAAGUACCUCAGCGAGCGCUACGCUACCGCCAGCCUCGCCAAGGAAGACAUCGAAACCCUGCUCUACUCGAUCGGCGACAACAACUCGUACCUCACCUUCAACAGAGAUCCAGUCGACAAGAUGAUCGCUUUGCUCAAGCAGUACUUCAGCCCCACCAACAUCGAGGAGGGCUACUCGCUGGCCAUCAGCUACGGCCAGAAGGGCGCGCGCCUGACGCACAACCACGAGAGGCAGUACUACUACGCGCUUCAGUCGCUCACCCUGUGGCGAGAGAUCGCCAACGACAUGUUCAAGCUGUGGUACCUGAGCGAGGAGGACCUCCUCAGCACGGUCAGCCCCUACAGGCUGCGCGAUACUGGCCAGGGCCUCAACCGCGUCCAGCAGGCCCCGCUCGUCAGGCGAGCCAUGCACGCUCUCCUCUUCCACUGCCAGGAGAAGAUCGGCCACUGGGUGGGUUCGAGCGUGAUCCAUUUGGGCGAUCACAACGUGCCCAACGCGUUGAUGUUCAUCGACAAGUACACGCAGGUGUCGCGCAUCCUCAACCCGAUCGUCAUCUGCAUCCAGCAGAUCGAGGAGCUGGUGCGGGACGACGGCCUGAAGCGGUACAUCGAUCACACCUUCGGCGGAGUCGACAAGCUCAGGAAGGACAUCUUGCGCGACUUCUUCAUGCAUGCGUUCGAUGGCAGCGGAGCGGAUUUCUUUGACGCGGGAAGCUGCAUCGAUGGACGCCUGACCUCGGCGUGGAACUGGUGCUCCAAAAUCGAGAAGAAGGCGUACUACCCCGUCUUCCUCCUUACCGGCUUCAUCGGCUUCGACGGCGAUUUCCAGAAGUAG